AUGGCUAGUAAAGCCAUGUGGGAGGUCGAUCCCGAGACUCGUUCCAAGCUCCUCGAGAUCCAAAAAGUCGCCGGCAACGACCGUUGUUGCGACUGCGGCGCUCCCUCCCCCCAAUGGGCCUCCCCCAAAUUCGGCGUCUUCAUCUGUCUCUCCUGCGCCGGAGUCCACCGCGGUCUUGGUGUGCAUAUCAGUUUCGUACGCAGCAUUACCAUGGACGCAUUUAAAGCGGUGGAAAUUGACCGCAUGAGAGAAGGUGGAAACAAGACGUGGAGAGACUUCUUUGAUAAGGCAGAGGGCAAUGAGAUGGCGGGUAUUACUUGGGAUGAUGCUACAAUUGCGGAACGUUAUUCGGUGGAUGUGGGCGAGGAAUAUAAGGAUCGGUUGACGGCUAAGGUAGAGGGGAAGGAAUACGUCCCUACGGCUAAAGCACCGACGGCUACGAAUACUACGUCCUUCCACAAUUCGAGUUCUAGAACAGCAACACCACUUUCUUCGUCCCGCAAUGAUUCGCCUUCGCGUCCUGGUGUCAAGGCUAAGGUUGAUGAUAAGUACUUUGCAGGCCUGGGCCAAGCAAAUGCGUCUCGUUCUGCGGAUUUACCGCCAAGUCAGGGUGGAAAGUACGCUGGUUUUGGGAGCGCGGGACCAGAGCCGGUGAGGCAGGAGGGCUUACCCGGAUUCAAUGAUUUGCAAAGAGAUCCGGUGGCGGCGCUCAGUAAGGGGUUUGGGUGGUUUACGAAGAGCGUGGCGAGUACGGCGAAGACGGUCAAUGAUGGGUAUAUUCAACCUACUGCUGCUAAGCUAGCCGAAACCGACCUCGCAGCCCAAGCCCGGCUCACCGCCGCCACAGUUGCCAAAGGCGCGCAAACCGGCGCCAAAUCCGCCGCCGAAGGCUUUAACCGGUUUGUGGAGGGUCCGAGUAGCGGGGGAGCUUAUCGACAGGCGCCGCUGGACGAGAGCAAGAAGGAUUUCUGGGAUAGCUUUGCGGAGGCGGGGAGUGCAAGGCAGGGGGGUGCUGCUGGGAUGGGCGGAAUGGGAGCGUCGAAACCGAGUGCGAUUGGGACGAGUGCGGUGAGGAAGCAGGGGAAAAAGGAUGAUGAUUGGGAUAAGUGGUAG